CACGUCUGAAGAAACGGCAGCAUUUGUAUAUGUGCGGUGACCACGAAGCGUCAGAGAUGAUCGCAUAGCGUCGACGGCUUUCAGUGAUCAUAUUGAAGUUAGUAACGUUAUCGUAACGAUUCAUGCUGAGGAAAAACCGUUAUUAAGCAAGUUUGGAAUUGUUUGAAAUUUAGUAAACUGUAACAAAACAAAACACACUCAUAAUUCAAAAUCUUAGUGUAGUGAUUGCCCCCAAUGUUUCGAUACGAUAACGUCACUAACUUCAAUCUCGUUUUCAGUGCGGCUUCUUUAUCGCAAUCAGGGUUCAAAGAUCAAAUAGUGCCAAGAUCAUUCUCAGUUUUUAGUCGAUCUUGACGAGCUACAUAUUCUCGUUAUGCGGGCUUUUGAUCAAUACGUCGUUUUCGCCCUGAUCACGAUUUUCUUCACCGUUGCAAUCGCCACGUCUGCAGCAUCAGACGAGCUGAGCAAUGACGUAGACGGUCAGGAAACCGUUUCCGUGGUUCAGGAUGAGAUUCUCCAGGAUCUUCCCUCCGAAAAGAUCGCUACAGAAUCGGCGCAUGUUGCCGGUAAGCAGGACACUGACAGACCGGUAAAUGGGAGUAAAACCGAGGAGGAUCCAAAUGAGCUUGAUAAUCUUUUCGAAACGGGUGUCGAGUCGUAUCUGAACGAUGACUGGCAAGGGUGCAUCGACGACUUCCACAAAGCCCUUAACAGCUACAAAAUGCACAAAAAGACGGUUGCUGAUUGCCGAAGACAGUGCCGAGCGGAAGUUAACGACGUUGAACCAAUAUUUCCGUACGACAUAGAAGAUAUGCACUUCUUCGAAAGAAAAGUCAGGGAAACGUUGUGUUUGAUGAAAUGCAAGAAGAUCGUGAGGAAUAAAGACAAUGAUAGACAGUUGCCCGUUCAUGUGGAGAGGAAGUACAUUGAACGUAAGGCCUACGAGUUUCUGCACAUUUGCUAUUACAAGACGAAGCGGUACCAGGAUGCGGCGAAUGCCAUUUUCACGUUUUUGACCAUUCACCCGACGGACAAUCAAACCUUGAGAAACAUGCAGUUCUACAUAGAUCUUCCCGAAGUCGUUCAAGAGGAUAUAGUAGAUUUGGAAAGUGACCCAUUCCAAGCAAUGUACAAAGAUGGAGUUAUAGCCUAUUACGAAGAAAAUUAUCCGGAGGUUAUUGAGCAGCUUGAAAAUUCUCUCAAGGCUUACAUGAAAGCUGAAGAGGAUUGCAGAUUGUAUUGCGAAGGUCCAUUCGACCAGGGAUGGCUUCCAGACUUUACCAUGUCCAUUGCGAAUCACUUUGCUUUCGGACUAAAAUGCAAGCGCAGCUGUUCCUACGCAUUAAAUAAACUCAACGGGGAACAGCGCCACGACUUGCUCAUAUCUCACUAUCAUUAUUUGCAGUACGCAUAUUUCAAAAUUGGUAAAUUUAAAGAAGCGUGUGCCGCGGUUGAAAGCUUUUUGCUUUUCAUACCGACCGAUGAGACCGUUUUGAGGAACAAGAGAUAUUUUAUGGAACUACCGGAAGUCAAAGAAGAAUACUUCAAGCCACGCGAGGAAGCCGAGUCGUACUUCAAGAGGCAGGAAUACGAACUGCGCAUUCUACUCUACAUACAAGAACAAUUUAAUUCUGCAAAAAAUUGAACGAAACAAAACGCACGUUCAAGAACAAUUUAAUUCUGCAAAAAACUGAACCGAACAAAAUGCAGUUUACUUUUUUACAAUUAAUUUUAUGCAUACAUUCGUUUACAUGCAUUAAUAAAUAUACGUAAAUAAUUAAGCUUCUUCAAGCUCAGAGCGCAAAUCACCUGUCUUUUAAUUGUAGAAUUGAAACUGAUUACAUGAUUAUUAGGAAUUUCGGAUUGAAUCAAAUAGUGGAAAUCACAAACCCGAGAAAAACUAUAAGUAAUUAAUUUUACUUUGAAACAAACUAUUUCUUCUGAUUCGGAAUUUUAUAAUUUUCGAAUUAAACCGUUUCUCACUUACACGCAAA